AUGUGUGAAUCAAAGAAAGUAAACAACAAAAUUAUUACCAAAGACUCUGAAGAGGAUGAUAGUGGGGUUUACUUUUCUGAUACAAAAUCACCACCACAUCGAGGAACAAAUGUAGAGAGCAACACUCCUGAUUUAGAGAAGGAAAGUAAACCUGUGAAUAAAGAUAAUGAACUUGAGUUCUACAAAACACUUUCAUGUAAUAAUGGUGAUACCUUUGACAAUAAAACUCAAGAAGAUCUUGGGCCACAAAAUUAUAGAAAAAUGUUGGACCACUUUGAAGCUCAGACUGUAAAUGCUUUUCAUGAAGAAAUUUUCACUCGUCUUUCUCUGAAUGAUGAAGAAAUAAACAAGAAUAAAGUAGUUGAGGACUGGCUUGACAGUGGAGCAUAUCUAUCGAAAAAGAAAAACAGCAGUUUUUCACAGUAUCUUAAAACUAUGCUCGAACCAGAGAGCAGUGUGGGUUCACUGUCACCAUAUACUCUCAGUGUACUUGAUGAAGAUGACAGGUCUGACAAUUUUUCUGAUGAUUUAAAAGGAACCAAGGAGAUAGAGGAAGUAGACAAAAGGGACUCUAUUCUUCAAGCCUCUACUGUUUCCAUGUUGGAUUCUGUCCCACUUAAUGCUGAAGAUGACGUACCUAUUCCAACUAUCAAAAAUGGUGUUGUCAACUCUCUAGUUGCAUAUUUUGAAGCAAUUAACAAUCAAGAAGUAGAGACAAGUUGUGAAAAUGGGUUUGCUCUUGGAGAAGAGGUGGAAUCUGUAAGUUUGUCAGAUCAUGAUAACAAUGACAACACUAAUGAGCUUGAAACAUUAAUACAAUUAAACUCUUCAGUAUUUAGUAAAAUGCCUACUGAUGUAAAUUUAUCAGCAAGUUUCUUUGAUAAUCAAGAAAUGGCAAAUGAUCAGUUUAAUUUUGAAGAAGAAAACAUUCAAUCUGUUAUUAGUGGCAUUGCAAUGAAGGAAACUAGAGAAACUAAAGAUUUUUUUAAAGACUCAGUCAAUUGGUCAGUAGCUGAUGAAAUAGUAAAAGAAAACGCUGGACUAUCUUUUGAAGAUGUGCAGAAUACACAAAAUACUAUAUUUGAAAGUAAAACUGAAAGUAUUAAUGUCAUCACUAUUGACACGCUAAAUGGAAUUGGAUAUGAUGUGGGUUUUGAAGAAAAUAUUGAUGAAGAGCAAACAUGCUCAAUUGUAACUGAAUCAGAUAAAUUGUGUGAUAGAUCCUUUAAUAGUCCGAGUGUUUCUAACUACAUUGUUAAUGUAGAAAAUACUUUUGAUGUAAGAACUGAAAAAGAGAAAGAUUGUCCAAGUGUUUCUCCAGAUGAAGAUUUUUCCAUUUCUUCAGAUAUUCUCAAUGUAUACGCUGAUAAAAUUACAGGACCUGUUGAAUGUGAUGAUAAUCCCGAAUUGAACUGUACCAGAAAGAUGAUAGACCCUACUGCUAGUUACAUAUUCAAGCCGACAAGGAUACCUGUUAUUGUCUUGUCUGAAACUGAUGUCAGGCUGAGUCCUGUCGGUUCCAUCGAGCUACACCCUGCAGAAAGCGUCUUGCAAAACAAUGAAGGGCCAGAUGUUGACUGUAGUGAACUUUCUGAAGAAAAUUCAGUUGAGGAAGUGAGAACACUGCCCAGUUGUAAUGAAACAAAUGAUCCGUGCGUUUUUUUCCCGGCUAAUGUGAUUGAUGUUGCUUUAGAAAAGAAUUGGGGCUCCAUUGGAUUGAAAAUAAAGGGUGAUGGAAAUGGAGUCAUUGUGAGUGACAUCUUACCUGGAGGGUCAGCUGACAGCAGUGGUCUUGUCUUUAAAGGUGACCGAUUGCUGGGAGUGAACGGCCACGGUGUGCGCUCUCCCUUAGAAGCCGAGGAGCUGCUGAGAGCGAGUGAGGACGUAGUACACCUCCACCUCCAGAGACAUGGUGUGUCGCAAUCGCUACCUAGGCACCCUCUAGAGCCAGAGGACGCUGCCGGUCUCGACAUGGGCUCCAACAUGAGCCGCCACUCGGGCAAGGGGUUGACGGGUAGGAGGAGUCAGUCGUCCGGAAACCUCUGUAACGGGAAAGUGGCCUCGCAAGGUCCCGGCGUCGCCAGGUUCUUCUCCCCCUGCGGUAGAGGGAACCAGGACUCCGUAGGUCCUCGGGAUCGCUACAAAUUCUGCGGGUCCCUCCCGAACCACUUGGACGCCAAAGAUCCCGCUCUGGAAGAGGUCUCAGAGAUGGACGACGACAGCUCCUACCGCAACAACAAUAACGUCCGCCAUCUCAAGAAGAAUGAUGUACUUUUGAAACUUCAACCUCUAGUCCCGAGAGCUGACUCGGUCACCCACGACCAAGGGUACGCGUCGGAGCGGUCGCCAGAGGACGAGUUGCCUCCCGACCUCCCGCCACCAGGCACGGCCGACCAGCUGACGUGUCCUGUGCACCAUCCUGCCAGCAAGCCCGUCUACCCCUUCCUUCACAAAAACUCCACGUUCACGGUGACCCUGGUGAAAGGCACCCGUGGGCUUGGACUCAGCGUGACGGGGGGAGUGGACACAGAGGAACAGUGGCCAGGACUGAUCCGAGUCAAGAGACUUUUCCCGCACCAGCCCGCCUGGCAGAGCGGGCAGCUGGCUCAAGGCGACUUCCUGCUGGUCGCCAACAACACGUCUCUGGUCGGCCUCACCAACUAUGAAGCCCUGGAGGUGCUGAGGACAGCACCCACGGAGGUGGUAUUGACAGUAUGUCGACCACCUCCAGAACUGCAGGUGCUGAGUACCCCGCUCCCCGCGGAGUCAGCCCCUGUGCCACCACGCAGAGACCCCCCCUCCACGUCUAGUCUACAGUUACCGCUCAAGAGGAUGGAAUCCUUUGGGGAAUUUGAAAUAACACUUAAAAAGGUGAAUGGGAGCCUGGGCUUUACUCUACGCAAGGAAGAUGAGAGUGUACUUGGCCACUACGUUAGAGCACUUGUGAGAGAACCUGUGUUGUCUGAUGGCAGGGUCAAGCCCGGGGACAAAAUUGUGGCUGUGAAUGGAGUGGAUAUGUCUCCCAUGUCUCAUGAAGAAGCUGUGACAUUCCUGAGACAGUGUGGACAGGAAGUUCAUUUAAAACUGUAUCGGGACCCUGCACAAACUCCUGUGCAAGCUCUCUCUCCUACAGAACACCACCGCACAUUUAAACCCAUACUUAGGAAGGAGGCCCAAGACAUGCUGAGUGAUCUGGCAGUGAAGAAAUCCAUGUCGCCUAAGGAUUCCAGUGGAUCCAGUACCCUGAGUAGUGCUGGCCGGACAUCUUCUCCGAGGAAGAGAAGACUUACCAAAACUCCCUCACCUGACCUUGAAUCAGAGAGACCAGAAAACCACCUGUCAUGGUCAGAUGAGGUGUUGGAGCGAGUGACACCUGGUUUUGAGGGAGUAAAACCAAGGCGGCCAGAUACACUGAACUUCGCUGCUGAAAGAAAACCUCAUUUCCAAUUCUCUGCAGGUGGAUCCAGUAAAACAGAAGAAAGUCUGGACUCAUUGGAUAGUCUUGACUGCCGCGGGAGUCUGGCAGGGAUGGACUCAGAGUUGGGGGUGGGCCCCUUGCCCUCGGAACCCGUCAGCAUGCCCCCUCUCCUGACAUCAACUUCAGACUCAACUAUAGGGUUCUCUUACAGGAACCCUGCAUAUCGGUCAGCCAACCCUGCACCGAGCAAGUCCAAAUCUUCCUUGUCUGAGGACCUGCCAGAGAAUAGGUGUUCUGACAAUGAUCUUACCGGAGGAGUGAGCUCGGAAGGAGGUAUCGAGGGUUCCAAAGGCCUGUUGAAGUGGAAGGGUGUCGUGUUCACACCAGAAGACGGCACAGAGACUGUCACAUCCCCGGAAGAUUCCAUCAGCCAAAUAACUGAAGUAGACACUAGCAGUAAUCAAGUCCUAGUAGUGGAACUGAACAGAGGGUGGAACAGUAGACUCGGAUUCAGCCUGCAACAGUCUGGACGCAACACACUCAUCAGUGCCAUACAUCCAGACAGUGUAGCCUCCCGAGAUGGGCGGCUCAGAGCCGGGGACCAGCUCAUUAUGGUAAAUGACGAAAGCGUGGAGGGCAUGUCGACCACAGAGGUGAUCAGCUUGCUGCGCAAGAUCAGGGGCAGUAUCUGCAUCACAGUGUGGCGCAAAUCUUCAUAAGACAAUCUUCUUGUCACAUUUCCAAUUUUUGUUGCCUUACAGUAUCAGUUCAAGAUUCCUAAAGAUGUAAAAUAUAUUCUCUGUACCAAUUUUACAUUGUAGUUGCAAAUGUUAAACCCAGAGGAUGGCAUUUUGUUAUCUAUGUAUGACUGACGUUGAAUCAAAUAUUCGUAAAUUAUAGAUAGUAGUAGAAUGUUUAGAUAUUUUUGUUCGAUGGAAUGUGUAGAUGACAAUGCUCCAUGUUAAGUUUUUGUAUGAAUGUAAUUUAUUUGAUAUGUUUUUAUCACUUAAUAGUUUAUUUAUAUUAUAAAUUUUAUUAGCAGCAAGUACAACUGAAAUUAAAGCUGAAUUGGCCUUAAGAUUGCUUUUGUUCAUUAUUAAAAACAAAGAUAUUAAUUAAGAAUUCUUAAAUUUUUUAUAGUACUGUUAUUAAUACUGAUGAAAAGAUUUAUAAACAAAUAGUGAUUUGAAUGUACUGCAGAGAAUCAGUUAUGAUCAACCCAUAUCAACGAUUGAGAUCACAGCAAUGUGGGUAUUUUUAUCACACCAUCUUAAAUUUAUGUAAAUGAAUCAUUAUGUCUUUCAUUUAAAUCAACAGAACGUUAUGGUGUCUUUCAUUUGAAAAAGCUUAAAACACACAUUUAGUAUAUCAAAUCUUGAAGAACCACUGUGUCGGACCAAUUGUUUAUAAUCAAUACUCUGCAAUAAUUGAUUAUUGACUUAUGUAAGCAAUUGGUCAUAGUUAAUUAGUUAACACAUGAUCAAUUAAAUAUUCCUACUGAAAACUGUCUUAGUAGUAAAACGGGUAUAGAAAUGAAGAUGCAAUGUGAUGUCUAUUUAUGGAUGAAAGAUGUACAUGAUACAAUUCUAAAUGCAGUUCAUGGUUAUCUUUGAACUCAUACUCAAAACUUUAGAGUUCAUAUUUGGUCAAUUUAAAAUUAAUUGGUGUUUGAUUAAUUGACCCUCUGCAGCACAUUCAAAUACUUGCUUGAAAUGAUUCUUUUAAGUGUUUAUAAUGUAAAUUAAUUCUAUUCAAGGCUAUAACAGUCUAGAUUUUUAAAAACUUUACCCAGUUAAAAAUAUAACUAAAUUGAACAAUAAAUCCUAUGUUUUACAUUUUUAUAUUCGAAAAAUCGAUCACAAUUAUAUUUUGUGUGUUAAAGUGUACAACUUAUGGUUUUGCAUAGAUGCAGACAUAUUACAUUUUGUUGGUCUUAAAAUAUUAUUUUAAUCCAUACAAAAAAGCUUAUCAUACAUAUCCUCUAGUGUUUGCUGUUAUUUAAAUGAAGGUAUGGUGGAAUGUGUCACUGUGUGUAUAAGAUAAGGAAAUAGUGUAUUGUGCUGGUCUAUAUUUCAUGACUUGUAAAGCAGACUUUCUACAAACACAUUCUCUAUUAAAAAUUGAAUUGGUUGUGUGAAAAUCAAUUCUAAUUUCAAUUCGCUUACAGAUUUAAAAUCCUUUGAAAGUUUAAAAGAAUAUUAAGGAAUUCACUUUAGUUUUGUUGUUGAAUUCAAUGUUAAUAGACAAUAAUAGGGCAUAGCCAGCUUUGAAAAUUAUAAAAAGUACACAUAUGUAUGUUUAGAUGUUCUUAAAAAAAAGGAAACCAUUGUGGUAAAUUAUAAAUUUAUCACAUUAACAUUUCACAUAUAAACUAUUUUAAUUACUUUUUAGUUAGUUACCAAUUAAUUUUUAGUGAAAUGCUAAUCUAAAAGUACUUGAUUAUUUUUUUGUUAACAAAAUCUACCUUUUCAAUUAUAAAAAAAAUCGAAGGAGAUAUUGUCAGUCUAAUGUGUCUAGUCAGGUAUGAAAUACAAAGUGAGAUCUUUGAUCAUGUAUUGUAAUAAUGGCUCUUUGUAUGUGUAUAAAUUUAAAUACAUUUAAGAUAUCUGCUAAGUAAACUAAAAUGUGUUUGUGACUAUUA